CAGCCCAGUGUUGCUGGACUUUCAUCAUGCCAUCGCUACGGGUGAGAGUUGCCACCAUCAUUUGAAGCAACAAGUGAGCUCUCGCUUCGUGGGACGUAGAUAACAUGGCGAUGACCUCACCAGGUCCCAUCAUCCUUCUGAACAACACGGACUCUUGGCCGCAAGCCGAAGCGAGUAAACUACCCGAACCUUUACGGUCUGACUGGGACAGUCCUGGACAGGUGGCCAUCGCCGCUCUACUAGUCUUUCUCCUCUCCCCUCUUAUCCUCUGCACCAACUCCCUUCUCCUCUUAUCCAUAUACCGCUUUAAGCGCCUUCGCACACCGAGCAACCUUUUCCUCCUGUCCCUGUUUUCCGCCGACUUUGGCAUCGGCCUUCUUCUUCCCGUUGGUCUCUACUUUGAGUUCUCACGAUCAGCGAUCCGAUGUCCCGCUCUCUGUGUCUUCCCCUACUGUAUCCUGACUCAACUGAGCGGCGUGGGCAUGCUAAGUUCUGCCGCAGUCGCCCUGGACCGCUGCACAUCUCUGGCCCUGCCUCUGACGUACAACAACCUCAUCACACACCGCACUGCAUCCAGGACAGUGGCAUUCAUCUGGACCUAUUCCUUCGCCGUAGCCAGUGCUCCAAUGUUGUUCCUGUGCCUCCUGCCACCUUCCAGAGCGUUCUGCAGCUUCCGCAUGGUGUCGGUACCUGCUCGCGCCAUCUUAGUGUGUUCUCUUUACCUUCCGUGUCUCCUUGUCAUGGUCUCAAGUUACUGUUACGUCUACGUUGUUGCAAGAAGACACGCGAGAGCAAUCUACUCCGUCGAAGGAUCCUUGCCUCCAGAGAUCCACAGACAUUACGGAUGGACACUGGCGAUCACCGUCGGCUGUUUCGUGCUCCUUUGGACUCCAGUGACCGUUUACACAGUCGCAGACUCUGUGACGUUGAACGCUUUCGGCGGCAACACGUCAUUUUACUUAGGCUUAGCUGGACUGUCCAGCAGCUCUGUGAACCCCCUGCUGUACGGCUUCAGGAACACUGAGUUUCGCAUAGCCCUUCUUCGUAUGCUCAAGGAAUUACUGCCGCGUAUGUCGCGGGAUAUUCUUGGUGGCAGUUCCGCUGGGCUGAGGCGAAGUCAGUAUGGCACGGCGUCGACGCUGCGACCUGGAUGUGCGAGCACUACUGCUGCUCCGUUAGAAACCGAAUGCUCGGCAUGCACGCGAACAGUGGUCAUGAUGGACCUACGACCCGUGAGCUACGUCUGAUAUGGUGAAGUGCUAGGGAUGACUACGUGGUGUGGUUGAAGGGCAUUAAAGACACUGCCAGCAUGCAAGCGCAUGCUCCAAUAAUAGUGCUGGAUAUUAACGUGAACAUCAAGAAUGUGACCAUGAUCUCUUCAACGUGCGCGACACUCCAUCGUGGACAAGAGCCUGGGUCUGGGCAACGCAGAAACACAAACGCACACGAGACCCCCCAGAAUGUGGUAUUUGUCCACGAUGGAUUUCGUCCACCAGAUGGCUCUCAUUUAUGCCAUCUUUAAAAAAAAAGACAUUUAAUUUGAUGUGCGCUGUGUUUUAUUUGAUAGUAAGGUGUUUGCAGACGACUGGUGCGUUCAGAGACACACAGCUUUAUUUAUGAAGAAGACACAAUGAUACACAGUGUAAUCACUGCUUUGUAAGUAAAAGGCCGCUUGCACAAAAUACCUCUGCUAAAUACCUCCAGCCUGUGUUCAGCACCCCUUAUGUGCAUAUGCGCCAAUCCAACAGUGUAUAAUGCCUUUAUGGUGCAUGUGUCCUAUGAACAACAAAAGUGCAAUGUUUCCAAUCAAGUGCGAUGUGGGGCACCGGUUUCACUGUGCGGUUAAUCGCUCGCCCACUGAAAGCUCCACGGGGUAACGUAAUUUAUGACAAACAAUUUUCAGGAUCUUGCUUUAUUCCCUUUCUCUCUUGCCCACUGCAAACUGUCCGAGAAUCUGUCCCGAUAUCGCUGUAUGCUUAAUUGUGAUUAUUGCACCCACAUCCAAUAUAAGUGCCUACGAUGUUUUGAUUGAUAGUACAGCCUAGAUACUCCACGAGACAUCCCUAGGACGUAAACACGAGUAAAGAGUGAGAUAACAGCCCACACAUGCCUUCCAAUUACAUUCUCAAUAGAGAGCUUUACGAUACGGUAUCCAACAACUACAUGAA